UCAAUUUUUAAUCCGGCAAUCCGGCAAUCCUACAUUGGAUGUGAUAAUUUCAGGGCGGUCACGUUGCCUCCCAUUGUCGGAUGACAAAUCCCACGGACGUGCUUCAGCUUGGUACGAACCGGGUUUGGGAUUAUAUUGGCGACAACUUUGUGUACUAUUUGCUGCAGAACAAAAUGAACGGCAAGCUGCCCCCGACAAUCACCCGACCAUCUUCUGUCUGGCAGAGGAAAUCACGCAAUUCAAAAUAAUCAACAGUUUGGAAAAAGUAGUACAAGCAUACGUAGAAAGGAGCAGCACACGUGAUUGUCGGUUCGGAGCUUCAGAGUGCGGAAUCAAUGGGACGGUAGUGAUUCCGGUGGACUCAGUUCCGCCAGCGACGGAUUUGCCGCCAGUAAUAGCGCUAGGAGAUGGAUAAUUUAACGAACCCAAUGGA